AUUCUGUUUCUCUAGUUAUGUUUUUGUAUUGGAUUUUAUUUAGAAAGUUUUGUUAUUCACUCAUUUCUUAAGUGAAAACGAUGAUUUAUGUAUUUAAAGCUCGAAACCUAUUAGAAAUUUGUUAAUACAGUUAUCUGCCACAAAGUCGAGUUUAUAAUAAAUGAAGAAAUUGUUUAAAUAAGAAAAAGAUUAUAAUCCAGGUUAAAAGGUUUACACAUAAAUGCAAACGCAUGCCUCAGAAAGUAAAGGAAGAAGAGUAGAGUAUAGACAUUUGUAGUUAUAAAAAAAAAAUAACAACUCAUGUUGAAUAUUUACUUACUUGUUCAUAAAUUAAAGAUACAAAGCACAUAAGUUUUUGUAGAGAACUUGUUUGUAAAAUGGAUGGUGUGAAAAAAAUUUUGCUUAUUAGCGGAAAAAGAAAGUCGGGAAAAGAUUACAUUUCGAGUACAUUGCAAAAUAUCCUUGGCGACAGAUGUCAAAUCGUACACAUUUCAGAGCCUAUAAAAGUGGAAUGGGCAAAACGUCUUAAUUUGAACUUAAGUGAGUUGCUGAGCGAUGGUCCGUAUAAGGAAAAAUAUCGUAAAGAUAUGAUAGAAUGGAGCGACUCCGUGCGCGUAACGGAUUAUGGGUACUUCUGUCGAUCUGCAAUGCUCCAUGUGCAUGCCGAAUUUGUAAUUGUUAGCGACGUAAGACGAAAGACAGAUAUUAAAUACUUCCACGAAAAUUACGGUUCGCUUGUGCUUACAAUACGGAUUAAUACGAAAGACACAAUACGCAUUGAGCGAGGUUGGGUUUUCACCAAUGGUGUCGACGAUGUGCCCUCCGAAUGCGAUUUGGACGACUAUAAUCAAUGGGACUUGGUGUUGCAGAAUAAUUGUAUAUCGGACGGAGAAUCAAGCAUUGAAAUAUUAAAAGAUAAACUUAAACUUUACGAAUAAAUGUCAAGAUUGUCUAUAUUUGUGAAAUACAUUAUUCGUCAUACACACUUACACUUAUAUCCUUAUUACUUAUAUUACUAACAAGGAUACAUAUAUUAUUAUAUGUCGAAUUAUGAAUGUGAAUGUAAAUUUGAUUGUUACGCUGAAACAACAUAACCGGUCAUCCGCGGAAAAAGCUAGUAAAUAUGUAAUUGCUGUGUACAAUCGUUAAGGCAUUUGUUUGUUUUAAUAUUGCAAAAACAAAAGAUAAACGAAUUUCACAAAAUAUUAUGCAAGGUGAUAUUAUACAUAUACAUAUAUACACCUAUAUUUUAUAAAAACAGAUGCAGGAAAUUAAAUAUGUAUAUCCUGUUAAAGUUUUAGAUUGGCUGCGUUAUGGUGUAAAAUUUUAAGAUUCAGAUUGUACAUAUAUCAUAUGUUUAUUAUAGAAUUAUAAGGUAUUUGUUAAUAAACCGUUUUUUUUUUUUAAUUUUGUAUGCAAACUUCAAAGUAAGUUAAUAAAAUGACAACAGAAAAAUACACAAGUUUUAUGUAUAAUUAUGAAACUCUUUAAUUUCUCUUAAUAGUUUGUUCCAACGUUUACAAAGUGAAAUGGCGUAUCACAAUUCAAAUGUAUUGUCUUUAAAUAUAAUAUCGGAUCACAA